AUGCCCUCACGCCAAAUCCUCGCCACCCUAUUUGGGUCCCUGGGCAAUUCCCGCUGGUCCCUCACCCGUGUCCUUCGCAGCGACAACCCCCUCGACUUCAAUGGCGAAUUGCGGGGCACUGCCACCUUCUCCGCCCUCCCCUCCGACCGCGACUGGCUCUACAGCGAAGAAGGCGAGAUCCCCAGCUCCAUCGGCGGCGCCGCAGCCGUAGCCGGACUUCGCUGGACGAAAAAAUAUAUAUGGCGAACAAACGAGUCCGGCCGGAUCAGUGUGUGGUUCGUCAAGGUCGCCCCGGGCCCCGACGAAGCCGAUUACCUUUUCCACAACUUUGAUUUCAACGAGACAACUCUCUCCGGAGGAAAACAAGCGCCAUCUACUGCCGAAUCCAACCCUGAGUUCGUUAAGCCGCCAACCCCUCCGACCACCGAGGGAUCCGACGCAACGUCCGUCCUCGAGGCGCAAGGAAAUCACCUCUGCAUCAAUGAUAUGUACCGCACAGCCUACUCCUUUCGCAUUCGUCCCGAGACCGGCGAGGUCCUGAGCUGGGCAAGCCGACACGUCGUCAAGGGUCCAAAGAAAGACCAGGAUAUUGUCAAUUGCUACCAACGAUUGGAAUGA